CACGCCGCCUCCUUGCUUCAAUACUACGAGUGAAGCGCGGACCUUUCAACAAGAGCUUUAUUAAUUCUCACGCUAGGACCCUGGAAGACGAUGGACGUGGCCGCUAAUUGCUCCCUGCGAGUCAAGAGACCUCUGUUGGAUCCUCGUUUCGAGGGUUACAAGCUCUCCCUCGAGCCUCUGCCCUGUUACCAGCUGGAGCUUGACGCAGCUGUGGCAGAAGUAAAACUUCGAGAUGAUCAGUAUACACUGGAACACAUGCAUGCCUUUGGAAUGUAUAAUUACCUACACUGUGAUUCAUGGUAUCAAGACAGUGUCUACUACAUUGAUAACCUUGGAAGGAUUAUGAAUUUAACAGUGAUGCUGGACACUGCCUUAGGAAAACCACGAGAGGUGUUUCGACUUCCUACAGAUUUGACAGCAUACGACAAUCGCCUUUGUGCAUCUAUCCAUUUCACAUCUUCUACCUGGGUUACCUUGUCAGAUGGAACUGGAAGAUUAUACCUCAUUGGUACAGGUGAACGUGGAAAUAGUGCUUCUGAAAAAUGGGAGAUUAUGUUUAAUGAAGAAGUUGGGAAUCCUUUUAUCAUAAUUCACAGUAUCUCAUUGCUGAAAGCUGAAGAACAUUCAAUAGCUACCCUGCUUCUUCGAAUAGAGAAAGAGGAAUUGGAUAUGAAAGGAAGUGGUUUCUAUGUUUCUUUGGAGUGGGUCACUCUCAUUAAGAAAAAUAAAGAUAGUAAAAAAUAUGAAAUUAUUAAGCGUGAUAUUCUCCGUGGAAAGUCAGCUCCACAUUAUGCCGCUAUUGAGCCCGAUGGGAAUGGUCUAAUGAUUGUCUCCUACAAGUCCUUUGCAUUUGUUCAGGCUGGGCAAGAUCUUGAAGAAAAUAAGGAUGAAAACAUGUCAGAGAAAAUCAAAGAACCUCUCUAUUACUGGCAGCAGACUGAAGAGGAUUUGACGGUAACAAUACAGCUUCCAGAAGACAGUACUAAGGAGGACAUUCAAGUACAGUUUUUGCCUCAUCACAUCAGCAUUGUGCUGAAGGGUCAGAGGUUUCUGGAAGGAAAUCUUUAUUCAUCUGUUGAUCAAGAAAGCAGUACAUGGAUAAUUAAAGAGAAUAAUAGCUUGGAGAUUUCCUUGAUUAAGAAGAAUGAAGGACUGACGUGGCCAGAACUAGUAGUCGGUGAUAAACAAGGGGAAUUUCUAAGAGACUCAGCGCAAUGUGCUGCAAUAGCUGAACGUUUAAUGCAUUUGACCUCUGAAGAGCUGAAUCCAAAUCCAGAUAAAGAAAAACCUCCUUGUAAUGCUCAAGAGUUAGAAGAAUGUGAUAUUUUCUUUGAAGAGAGCUCCAGUUUAUGCAGAUUUGAUGGCAACACGUUGAAAACUACUCAUGUGGUGAAUCUUGGAAGCAACCAGUACCUUUUCUCUGUCAUAGUGGAUCCUAAGGAAAUGCCCUGCUUCUGUUUACGCCAUGAUGUUGACGCCCUACUCUGGCAGCCGCAUGCCAGCACGCAAGACGAUAUGUGGGAGCACAUCGCCACUUUCAAUGCUUUAGGCUACGUCCAAGCAUCAAAGAGAGACAAGAAAUUUUUUACCUGUGCUCCAAAUUACUCCUAUGCAGCGCUUUGCGAGUGCCUUCGUCGAGUAUUCAUCUAUCGUCAGCCCACUCCCAUGUCCACUGUCCUUUACAACAGAAAGGAAGGCAGGCAUGUAGGGCAGGUUGCUAAGCAGCAAGUAGCAAGCCUAGAAACCAAUGAUCCUAUUUUAGGCUUUCAAGCAACAAAUGAGAGAUUAUUUGUACUCACUUCUAAAAACCUCUUUUUAAUAAAGGUAAAUACAGAGAAUUAAUUACUCCAACCAUGUUGGUUUCUAUGUACUGGAAAGGUAUUCAGUGGUGGCUGGGAGGCUGGGCAGUUAUACUGUAACCUGUUAAGUUUUAAUGUGUUAAAUAAAAUGAUCUUCUAUGAAUUUUUUAUUUUUUAAAGGUUAUUGGAAUAUAUUCAAGAGAUUAUGAUUCUAUAAAAGCUAUGGAAUGAAGCUGCAAAUUUAGAGAAAAUUGGCUUCUGUAAAAAAUGUAAAGAUAGUAUUAGCGAGCAUAAUUAUUUUUAAAAACAGAGGCUAGAAUCUCACCUUUUAUAUGAAAGAUGUACAAUUCAGUGUUUAAAAAUAAAAAUAUUUAU